GUGGUCAAUACCAACAUCGUGUCUCUCCCUCCAAGUCACCGCGUGGUCCCGCCGACCGCGUCGGCAGGCCACUUCGCAAAGAUUCCGUCUCACGGGUCGCACGCCUCCCUCUGGGAGGGUUCAUUCGAUCCUUCCUCGCACCAAGAGGCGGACGUGUUUAUUGCCAGGGAAGGGCAUACAAAUGUGCAGUCCAAAGCCACAACGCGGAAAUGCUACCUACCGAAUACGCAGUGGACCUGGUCCUUCGCGAUCGUGACGCUCAUCCAGACCCUCGUCACUCUCGGGCUCGAAUGCUACAUCUUUGUGAACUUCCAGAUUCAACUCGAUAUCCCCGACUCCCCGGCCGCCAAAACAAUCCCCACCUUCUUGGCUCUGUACAGCUUCGGGUUCAUCUACGAAUUGGUGCUGGUGUAUGACGCUCUUCGCAUGAAGAAUACCAUUCAGAUCAUUGGACUAUGCGUUUGCAAUGUCGGACUUCUCAUCUACGGCGCCGUGCAGGUGCGGCAGAUCCACAACGCUGUCGGCGUCUUGGCUGAUAAUCACGCAACCAACCACCGUGUUUGGGGAGAAACGGAGCCUUUUCUGAUCAUCAUUCCAUGCAUCGUGGCUUUGGGGACCGUCCUAAUGACAUUUGUUGCGUGGAAGCUGUAUGAUGAAUUCGCUUGGACGAUCUACAAGCAUAUCAGCGCGGACCUGCGCAUGAAACGCCGCUACCUCACCUUCCAGAUCUACAUCGCUCUGCUGAAGUUCGACUUCUUCUUCUUUCUCGGAUUUACUGUUCAAUUUCUCGUCGUGGUCUCGGCCAAUCUCGAUGCCGAGUUCAUCCUUACCAUCAUUGCUAUCCCGGUGACUAUCAUCAUCUUGGCAUGCGCUGCACUGUUUGUCCGACGCGAAAACAUGUUCGGUAUGGUCGUCAUCAUUCUACUCUUUUUCGCGGCCAUGGCAUACUUCUGCUUCAAGCUUUAUCGAAUGUAUUCACCCGCAACCUUCACCCAGUACCUACCGGCCCGGCCCUCGAUGACGUUCUUCGCUGUUAUCACACUCAUUUUGAUCGUCAUCACCAUCAUCAAUGCCUGCAUCUGCGCCAACAACUUCAACCGUGGCCUCAAGCCGCACAUCAACAAGAAGAAGACACCCGAGGAGGAAAAGACGACUGAGCUAUCUUCCAACAUUGGAGGCCAAGUUCCGUCUCGGAUGAUGAUCGACUGA